AGGCUUUAGUUUCCCAACACCAGCUCUAUUGAUCAUUAUUCUUAGUAAACAGGAUCUGCUCAGUUUUCAUUAUUAUUCUCUGCAGACAGGUUUAUGAGUACUGGGUUUGGAUUUCUAAAAAGUCUUUAAAAGAUGGAUAUGCACAUGGAGGUAAAUGGUUCAGGUGAUGUUGAACCAUAUGGAGGAAAAAGUGCUUUCAGCCAAAUGGAGCACAACAUCGUGGCUGGAUAUCUGAUAACUGCAGGUGUCAUCAGUUUGGCCAGUAACAUCGUAGUUCUGCUGAUGUUCAUGAAGUUCAGGGAGCUUCGCACUGCCACUAAUUUCAUCAUCAUCAACCUGGCCUUCACUGAUAUUGGAGUGGCUGGUAUCGGUUAUCCCAUGUCUGCCGCCUCAGACAUCCAUGGGAGCUGGAAGUUUGGUUACACUGGCUGCCAGAUUUAUGCGGCCCUCAACAUCUUUUUCGGCAUGGCCAGCAUAGGCCUGCUGACUGUGGUGGCUAUCGAUCGCUACCUCACCAUCUGCAGACCAGACAUCGGUCAGAAAAUGACAGUUAGAUCUUACAACAUCCUCAUUCUGGCUGCCUGGCUGAACGCUGUGUUCUGGUCCUCCAUGCCCAUAGUAGGCUGGGCAGGAUAUGCCCCCGACCCCACUGGAGCAACUUGCACCAUCAACUGGAGAAAGAACGAUGCAUCCUUCAUCUCCUACACAAUGGCGGUGAUUGCAGUGAACUUUGUUGUUCCUCUGUCAGUCAUGUUUUACUGCUAUUACAAUGUCUCUGUAACUGUGAGGCGAUACAAAGCCAGCAACUGCUUGGACAGCAUCAACGUCGACUGGUCUGACCAGAUGGACGUUACCAAGAUGUCUAUCAUUAUGAUCAUCAUGUUUCUGGUUGCCUGGUCUCCUUACUCCAUGGUGUGUCUCUGGGCAUCGUUUGGUGAUCCAAAGACCAUUCCUGCCCCAAUGGCCAUUAUUGCUCCCCUCUUUGCAAAGUCCUCGACAUUCUACAACCCCUGUAUCUAUGUCAUUGCCAACAAAAAGUUCAGGAGAGCCAUUAUCGGGAUGAUCCGAUGCCAAACAAGGCAGCAAAUCACAAUCAAUACCCAGGUUCCAAUGACGAUCUCCCAGCAGCCUCUAACCCAGUGAUUAAAGGUCUCCUUAAUCACUGCAUAAAUAUUUAACUAUUUACGUUAUUCUCUUGUUUGAGUUUAUCUAUUAGCUGUUUUUUUUUUUAGAUUAAUGGGCAGUGCUACAAAAUGUGUAAAGAAAAUAAAACUUUUAGAAUGUUUUUCUUAUUUUUUUUGCUGAUCAAUUAUCAUUAUGUCUGCUUAGCAUGAGACCUUAACUAGCAUGUUUUUAUUUUUAACUAUAUCUCAAAUGUAGCAAACUUUACAUAAAACUGCUGAUGAUAAGUACAGAAGAAAAGGAAUAUGUGUGUAGUGGGAGGACUGGAUUUAAUGUCUGUCGGUUCCAUAGGUUAGACACUGGCACAUGUAUUAAUGCUCCAUGUUUCGUUUUGAGGACCUUUAAAUUAUAGUCAGACACAAGUAUAUUACUGCAAAAGGGAAAAUUAUAUUUCAGUCAAAGUGGGAUAGUCCUUUCUUAAAUGCUUAGAAAGAGGAAGAGCCUAAAAGUUCCGUUUUAAAUCCCAAUAUUACUUUAUGUUAAAAUUAUAUUCUAUUACAAGUUAUAGUUUAUAAUAUUGUUUAAAAACACAUUUUGCAAUAAUUAAGAAAAAGAAACUACAUUGAUUUCAUUUCUUGCUGCUUUUUUUUUCCUAAUUUCUCCCAAUUGUUUGAGGCUCACUUUAAAAACUUCACCGCUAUUUACUAUGAAAAUCCCAUUUGCUUUGACUGGUAGUUGUUGUUUUGGCCCAACUAAAGCACUUCUUAAACAUCUAUGAAAAUAGUCUUGUGUAUAGACUAUGUCAUCCAGCAGGUAGGGAAAUAAAUACAGCAGCCAUGCCUAAAAUCCAACAAAAUUGAAUAAGGACUGUGCUGGACUAUUUGACAAGCUAACAAUGCAUAUCUUUGGAAUCUUUGGAUGAAUUGCAGGGAAUUUCAAAUACAAUAAAAUAUAAAUUGUCUUUAUAACCCAUUUUUAUUACAUUUUUGCUCUCUGUAAUAUCAAGAGAUUUUUGACAAAAAAAUAACUCAGAAAGUGGCAAGUUGUUAAAUGCAACAUUAAUUUGUUCUUACGACAUUCAAGAGUCAUAAAAAUGUCACAUAACAUCAAACUACGUUAUCUAUGUAAUUACCAUAUCAUCAUAGCUGUUUAGCAGCAAGACUGCCCUCCUCUCACAUCUGUAGUUCACCAUCUUUUAUAAAGACACCAGAACCCAAGCCUGUUAAUUUAUGGUUUAACUUACUCUAGUUCUGACUUACCUACUUUAAUAAAACAAGACAAAUUUUAUUCAAGUAUUAUUUAAUGAUGGUUUUGGAUCAAAACAUGGAACAUGCAAUAAAAAAAAAAAACACAUUAGGAGAGGAGACAUGGAAGAGGAACUACCAGAACAGUAGGA